CCCAUCCCUCCCACCUCCAUAAAACCAUCUCUUCUCCUUCAAACCCAGCAUUCCUUUUCUCUUUCAUCUUCUUUUGCUUCCUCUCAUUCACUUCCUCCAAGGAAAACCACAAUCACCAAACACAGAGCUUAAGAAAAUGAUGAAAAUGAAGAAACAGCUACACCUCCAACAUUCCUCAUCAGUUCUACUGAUCAUGAUCACCCUCCUUUUCACCACAACUUUAGCUCAGUCACCUACUGACAUCACAGCAAUCCUAAAGAAGGCUGGGAACUUCAACAUCUUUAUCAGGCUACUGAAGAGCACUGGACUUGGAGAGCAAAUCAACUCAGAACUCAAAAUAUCAAACCAAGGCCUCACCCUCUUUGUUCCACCAGACAAUGCCUUCUCCUAUCUCCCACGAGGUACCCUUAACUCCUUCACUGGUGAGCAGCUGAUUGAGUUGGUGCAGUUUCAUGAGCUCCCUACUUAUGUUCCUCUCAUACAGUUCCAGACUCUGAGCAACCCUCUUGUCACGAAGGCAGGGAACAGCUAUGAUGGCCAGUUUCCAUUAAAUGUCUCGACCUCUGGCCUAGAUGUGAACAUGAUUACUGGAGUUGUUAAGGCCAAAGUGACCAGCACAAUCUACACAGAUGGGAAAUUCGCUGUGUAUCAAGUGGAUAAAGUGCUCCUCCCCAUGGAAUUUCAUGUUACAUUGGCACCGGCUCUGGCUCCAUCUGAGUCGAAGAAGAAGUCCGACUCAUCAUCUGCCCCUUCAAGUUCUUCUGUGCUUUCAUCUAUUGCCGUGAGGAUCAUAAGAUAUAUCGGGUUUUCCUUUGCAGUUGCAGUCAUUGCUAUAUGAUGUCAAUGCCCAGUGUAUAUUUCUACUGUGAUCAAAGAUGCAAUGAGUGGGUUUUGAAUAAUUUGGGAUCUCUCUUUGUUCUUGAAUCCUUUCGCAGUUUCAUUUGAAUAUUUUUGCAAUCAUGAAGAAGGGUCUGCUGACAUCAAAUAUUGUUGGGUUGAUCCUUUGUUUAUUUGAGAUUUUUUUUUUUUCUCUUUAAUAUCAAUGGUUUUGUUA